AUGGAACUCAUGAUCAGACUGUACGGGAACUUGUCAAAAGAGGAUGUGUAUAACCUCUCUAUACCAUAUAGGAAAGAUGGGAAACGAAGCGGUUGUCUUCUAAAUCUGCUCAGUGAACGAACACCUAUGAUCAAUGAAAGCUUGCAGAACUGGAAUGAAGAGGUGUCCCAUGCCGUUUCAUCGUCAUCAAAUUAUACGUAUGAUGAGAAUGUCACUUAUUCAGCAUCACAUCCUUGGAUUGAUAGAACUAGAUAUCUUGUCGAACCCCAGCCGUGUACAAAUGGGCGUAUGUACAGUCAGAAGAUCUAUGGGUCCACAAUAGUCUCAGAGUUUGAUUUGGCCUGUGAGAAUGCAUGGCAACUCAGCACGUGCACUUCCAUCUUCUUCUCUGGUAAACUUCUGGGCGUGCUUGUGUCCGGUUUUCUGUCAGACAGAUUUGGACGGAGGCCGGUGUUUUUGGGUAGUGUAAUUGUCUUAGCAGUUUCAGGGAUUGCACUGGCGUUUUCUCCAAACAUGACGGUGUUUUGCGUUUUGUUUGUCAUCCAAGGCACCAGUGACUCUUGCAUGGAGUUCGUCGGGCCAAGCAAAAGGAAAAUAGCAGGCACUGUGAUGGGCAUGUGUUACGGACUGGGACAUACACUUUUAGCCGUGGAGGCUUAUUUCUUCAGCAACUGGCGCCACCUGGCGUUAGUAGCAGGUUCUCCAGGGGUCGUCAUUAUACUCUUCUGGUUCUUUCUUCCCGAAUCUGCCCGCUGGUUACUGUCUCGCGGCAAGCAUAAGGAGGCAAAGGCGAUCAUCGCCAAAGUAGCCGCAGUCAACAAGGUAACAAUAGAGGAGGACACGUUGGAGCGGCUUUUUAAAGAGGAAAACGAGGAAAAGACAACCAGAACGCAUUCCCCUUUGGAUCUUUUUAGGACGUGGAAGAGAGCGAGACUAGCUCUUUUGCAUGCUUUCAUUUCGGCCGUCACAGGGAUAUGCUACUAUGGACUUGCUUUAAAUGCACAAGGACUUGGUGGCAGUAUAUACAUCAACUUUGCAUUGCUGGGGGCUGCAGAUAUCCCAGCACAACUGGUUUCUAUGUUAUUCCUGGAUAAAAUUGGGCGAAGAAAACUCCUCUUGUUGUCAUUGUGUGGAGACUUCGAGUGGGCUGUCAUAGCUAUGGCAGUGAUGGGGAAAAUGGUAAUAGGUGCUUGUAAAGACGUGCUUAACAUUGUGGCUGUUGAAAUGUACCCCACCGUGAUACGAAACAUUGGAGUGACCUUCUCUAACUCCUUUUGUAGAGCUGGAGGGCUUGUGGCCCCGCAGAUUUUAUUUCUUGCACAUCUUUACCGGCCCUUGCCAUUUAUCACAUGGGGAACUCUUUCUUUACUCGGAGGGAUACUAGCCAUGCUUCUUCCUGAUACGCUUGGGAAACCACUUCCACAGACCCUGGAAGCCUGGGAUGCUAGACUAAAUUGUGACAAGUGA